AUGGAGAAAAGAGUGGUGGGUGGACCUUUAAACAGACCUUUCCCACUCGUCACGGAACUUGAAAAUAGUGACGAAGGGGAUACAGAAGAGAAUUGUGAAGAUGAAAUCGAAGAAGAAGACAAUGGAAAGAUUCACAGCAAUGACUUUGACGAAGAGGAUACAGAAGAGAACUGUGAAGAUGAAACCGAAGAAGAAGACAAUGGAAAGAUUCACAGCAAUGACUUUAGGCUCAUCUUUGACGCAACGAUAUACGCCGGAAGAAAGUAA